GAGAUCCCCAGGUGGUGACAGUGGAUUGGAUGGGUUAGGAGGACCAGGAGUACAACUUGGAAGCCCUGAUAAGAAAAAGCGCAAAGCAAAUACACAGGGAUCAUCAUUUCCUCCUCCAUCUGAAUAUGCUCCACCGCCGAAUCCAAGCUCUGACCACCUUGUAGCUGCAAAUCCAUUUGAUGACAACUAUAAUACUGUGUCUUAUAAACCACUUCCUUCAGGAAAUCCAUAUUUUAGUAAUCCUGGUUAUCCUGGCUUUGGAGGCUAUAACACUUUCAGAAUGCCACCUCACAUGCUGCCCAGAGUGUCCUCACCUUAUGGUGGUUCUUACUCCCUCAGAAACCAACCACAUCCCCUUCCUCAAAACCCUGUGGGAAUGGGUUUUAGCCGACCCCACUCUUUCAGCUUCGGUCCACAUGAUAACCCAGGUUUUGGGAAUCAACCACCUUACAGUAGUGGUCAGAUAAAUCAAAAUGUCAAUAUGCCUGGUCAGCAUUUCAGACCAAAUCCUGGUGAGAACUUUGGCCAUUCUGGUCAGAUACCUCACCCUGAUGUGCCAUCUAACUUUGGUCCUGGAAAUAAUCCAAAUUUCCCAAAUUCUCAGCUAGAGUCAAACCAUUCUUUUGUUCCUCCACCAAACACAUACAACCAGACAAAAUCAUCUGCACAAAAGCAAGACUUUAGUCAAGGUGCAAGCAAAGCGUCCAGCCAGAGCACAGCUGCUCAUCAGCAUCAUCACAGGACAGAGGACAUUGUGAGUCAAGGUAACAGUGACCUAAAAAAUGUUAAUCGAAACAAUGUGGUAAAUCAGGAUAACAGCCAUUCUAAUAGUGCUGAUAACACUAAUGCUGGUCAUUCAAAUGGGACUCAGAGUAAGUCCCGCCAGCCUCGAGGUACUGCUGAAGGAUGCAAUUCUGAAAAGAGCAGCAAAACAGCCCUUCAUCCCGGUCGUCAUGGUCACUCGUCCUCUGAACCCGUCUAUCCAUGUGGAAUUUGUACACAUGAAGUUAAUGAUGACCAGGAUGCCAUUCUGUGUGAAGCCUCUUGUCAAAAAUGGUUUCAUCGGAUCUGUACAGGCAUGACUGAGUCAGCUUAUGGCCUUCUUACAGCAGAAGCAUCAGCAGUAUGGGGCUGUGAUACUUGCAUGGCUGACAAAGAUGUCCAGUUAAUGCGUACAAGAGAGACUGCAGGACCGCCUGCGUUGAAUACGGAUGGCUAACAACACGAAUUGGUGGUAGUGGUUGAAAAACUUGCUAUGAAGAUUUGGUUACAAAUUGGGUACUUCACUUUCUGCAGACAAUCAGUUGCGUUUGAUUGCUGUUGUCUUUUUUCCCUAAUCUGUCUUCAUUCAUAAACUUCCAUCUCAGCUUUUGUACUCUUCAUUUUAUGUGUGCAAAUGUUUUACAGGAUGGAAUAUUUUUUUGUUUCUGAUUAAACUGUAAAACAUAACUGACAACUGAUCACAAGUAGGAUGUGCGUUGACAAUUUUAUGAAAGGCAAAAACGUGCCUGAAUGAAUAGCCCCUAAUUUGCUAGUGUUAAUGUGUUAACUAACACUAGCAUUUAGUGCUUGAGUUUAAUGGUACUAUAUUUGCAAGUACUCAUUACAUUUUAUUUUUUGGGGGUGAAUGUCCAUUACUUAUAUUCUUGCUAUUUUUUUCUUUGCAUGUAGUGGAGAUGACAUGGAGGAAUGUGCAGUACUAAUAGUUUUUAUUUUAGGGUAAAUACAGAGAAUUU